GGUUGCGGUUGGUGGAGCAGGCGGAGCCUGGGCGGAGCCUGCGACUAUUUUAGGCGGGCUCCUCCACGGCCGGGACUAAGGCGUCCUGUCCUGGACACAGCCUGAGCCAGGGUGAUGCUGAAGAUGGUGACUUUCUUCCAAGGGCUUCCUGGCCAGCAGUCUGUGCCAGGGACCCUGGACUUCGCUGGAAGCCCCCCAAAGCCACGCUCCACAUCCGAGGCAGAAUCAGAGACCUCCAUGUCUGAGGCAUCCUCUGAAGACCUGAUGCCAUCCCAGGAGGCUCCCGAUGGGGAGGAGGAGUCUGCGAAGAAGAAGGAGAAGAAGUCCAAAGGCCUGGCCAACAUGUUCAGUGUCUUCACCAAAGGGAAAAAGAAAAAAAAGGACCAGGCCAGAUUAUCAGAUCCGGAAGUGCAGCCCAAGUCCAGGCCCGAGUUAGAUGGUCCACUGCCCACAGUGGAGGAGCUCAAGGAGGCUCUGGAGCGCGGGCGGCUGGAGGUGGCGUGGCAGGUGCUGGCGUUGGAGCGGCAGCUCGAGGCUGCUGCGGCGGCGGGUGGCACGAGCAACGAGGAGCUGGUGUGGCGGCAGAGCAAGGUGGAGGCGCUGUACGUGCUGCUGCGCGACCAGGUGCUCGGGGUGCUGCGGCGGCCGCUGGAGGUGGCGUCCGAGCGGCUGAGCCAGGCGCUGGCCGUGGUGUCGCAGGAGGAGCUCGAGGACCGUCGGGCGUCCCGGGGACCCUUGGCGGCCGCACUGGAGACCACGCGCCCGCGGCGAUGGCUGCAGCUGUGGAGGGGCGUCGUGGCGGAGGUGGCAGCGGAGCGUCUGGACGCGCAGCCCGCCACGGUGCCCGAGGGCCGCUCCGAGGCCGAGAGCAGGUUCCUGCACAUGGGUCGCACCAUGAAGGAGGACCUGGAGGUGGUGGUGGAGCGGCUGAAACCGCUGUUCCCCGACGAGUUCCAGGUCGUGCACACCUACGCCGAGAGCUACCACGAGCAUUUCGCGUCCCACCUGUUCACCUUGGCGCAGUUCGAGCUUUGUGAGAGGGACACCUACUUGCUGCUGCUCUGGGUGCAGAACCUCUACCCCAAUGAUAUUCUAAACAGCCCUAAGUUGGCACAGGAGCUUCAAGGCGUCGGGCUUGGGAGCCUCCUGCCCCCAAAACAGAUCAGAUUGCUUGAGGCCAUGUUCCUGUCCAAUGAGGUGACCAAUGUGAAACUGCUCAUGACCCGAGCUUUGGAGCUAGAGUCUCAGCGCUGGGCCCAGGAUGUGGCUCCUCAGAGCUUGGAUGGCCACUGUCACAGUGAGCUAGCCAUUGAUAUUCUCCAGAUCAUUUCACAAGGCCAGACCAAGGCUGAGAACAUCACUUCCGACGUUGGGGUGCAGAUAAAGCAGUUGCUCCUCAUGGAGCUGUCUGCCCUACUGAGGAGCUACCAGCGCACCUUCGAUGAGUUUCUAGAGAAAAGCAAACUCCUGAGAAACUAUAGAGUCAACAUCAUCGCCAACAUCAACAACUGCCUGUCCUUCCGGACUUCCAUGGAGCAGAGGUGGCAGAUACCUCAUGACUCUCUGAACCGCCUGGUGGAGCCUUUGAAAGACCUCAAGGCUCACGGCUUCGACACCCUGCUCCAGAGCUUGUUUUCAGACCUGAAGCCACUGUUUAAGAAGUUCACACAGACCCGCUGGGCAAAGCCAGUUGAGACCCUGGAGGAAAUCAUCUCUACUGUAGGCGCUAGCCUGCCUGAAUUCUCAGAGCUGCAGGACUGUUUCCGGGAGGAGCUCAUGGAGGCUGUCCACCUGCACCUGGUGAAGGAGUACAUCAUCCGGCUCAGCAAACGGCGCCUGGUACUCAAGACCGCCGAGCAGCAGCAGCAGCUGGCAAGACACGUCCUCGCCAAUGCGGAGGCCAUUCAGCACUUCUGCACUGAGAAUGGUUCCACUGCAACCUGGCUGCACCCUGCCCUCCCUACGAUCGCCGAGAUCAUUCGCCUGCAAGAUCCCAGUGCCAUUAAGAUCGAGGUGGCCACAUAUGCCACUUGGUACCCUGACUUCACCAAAGGCCACCUGAACGCCAUUCUGGCCAUCAAGGGCAAUCUACCAAGCAGUGAAGUCAAGAGCAUCCGGAACAUACUGGACAUCAACACAGGAGUGCAAGAGCCUUCUAGGCCCCUGUUCUCACUUAUAAAAGUUGCUUAGCUUUUCCAAAGGUCUGAUAUGCUAAUGAGACCCAGGGACCAUCAGGCCUCACUCUAGUUGGGGAUGCUUAAUGACACCAGCUCCAUGACCCAUAGCCAGGCUCCCACAUUCUGCUGCUGCUUCUUCCCAGCCCUGGCUCUGGAACAAGAUCCGGCAGCCAAGAUUGGACAGAUGAUGGCCCAAGUGGAGUCCAGACCCCACUGAAGGGAGUUGGCAUGUGAGCAUGCAAGAGAUUUUCUUGUCAGUGAUUAUUCAUCUUGGGUAGUGUGACCUUUGCCUUCCUAUACUGUAGUCUGCCUUUUAACGGUCUGAGUAACCCCAUCAGCUCCCUAGGGCCAGGGGCAAAGCCUCUAUCCAUUUCCUUCAGCCCAGGGCUGCCAUAAGAUAGAACUGAAAACAAGGGAGGAGAGAUAGUAUCUGAUCUGUGGCCUGGAAGGAGGCUUGUGAAGUGCCAAUGACAGAGCUAGACCCUGCAAAGUGACUCCUGGUACCACUCACCUAGGAGAGGACCCUCUCAUUCACUCCCCAUGGGCUGUCCCUCUGGGUGUAUGUAUAUGUAUGUGUUUGGGGAGUGACCCUGGAAGUCUUGGGAGAGCAGGGACCUCUUGGGUUCUCUCAGAUUGAAUCUUCUCCCAUGUAGGAAUAAGCCAAAGGGCUGCCUCUGUGGGCCCAUCCUGAAGUCUGGUGGGAAUACAGGUGUCUGGCGAGCGCUCUGUUAGCUUCCUGUUGGUGCUGUACCAAACUUCCACACCAAGUGGAUUUGAACUACAACUUUCCCUUCAGUUCUGCAAAUCAGAAGUCUGAUCCAGAAACUGAAAGCAUAGUCAGGGCCCAUUGCCGGAAGCCCCAGGGAGAAUCAUUUCCUGAUUCUUUAGGGGUUACCCACAUCUCUUGUCUGAGGCUCUUCUACCUUCAGAGCCAGGGACAGCUAUGUAUGUCCCUUGAGUCACCACGGUCUCCACUGGUUCGGAUCCCACUGUGAUUUAGGACCCCCGUGACUGCAGUGGAUCUGACUCAGCAGCAGCCUGGAUUCCAGCUGCAACAUUAGCUCCUGUCACCCUCCAGUCAUUGGCUAUGGGGACCAGUGGAUCCCACGGGGUCUACACUGGAAAACGGGAAUGUGGUUUGCCAUCAGGGCACUUGUUACUCUUCAGACCCCGCUCCUCUCCAGCCAUGAAAGCCCUACUCAGCACUGACCCAGCCUUGAUUCUUCACUGUCCAAGGCUGGGAUUUGAAGCCUCUCCUCUCUCCCCUUUCCCAGGUACUUGCCUCACAGAGCUGGCCAGGGUGCCUUUGUAUUCUUGUAGACGUUAGCUUGUCGAUGACAUUAACAUUGUUAAUAUUAUUUUUUAUAGUGUUGAUUUUGUAUGCACGUACUCAGGACAGAAUCCAGAGGAUUUUUUUUUAUAUAUAGCUUGAUAUAAAACGGAUAUAAAAGUGA